AUCAUUUGGAUAAGUUUGCGUAAUGCGCUGGAUGUAGUUAGAUUCUUCCGACCCAUGAAAAUCUCGAACCAAUCAAACCGUAAUCAGAAGACAGAUAUUGCUUGCUGCCAUUCUCAGAGGCAAAACAUCAAACACUUGAUCCGCAUCACACCUCCGAGUGAUGAUAUUACCUUUCGCCAAGCUAGGAACACUUGCUCUCAAAACCAUCUGCAAACCAAUCGCCAAACGCAUCAAGAAAGAGGCUGGUCAUUAUCCUCAGUUCCGUUACGCAAUUAUCAACUUUGCACAGGCUAAUCAUCGGUUCAGUACAAAGUUGCAAAGGCGAAUAUAUGGUCAUGCAAUAGAUGCGGCUAUUCGCCCCCUAAACGAGGAAAAGGCUGUCCAAGCUGCUGCAGAAUUUUUUGGAGAACUUUUCGUGUUCACAGUUGCAGGAACUGCUCUUAUCUUAGAAGUUCAAAGGAGUUCAAAAUCGGAAGCUAGGAAGGAAGCACUUCGAAAACAAGAACUCGAGGCUUUGAGACAACGCGAUGACGAUCUUGCUAGAGAAAUCGAGAUGCUCAAAUACAAAAUUAACGAAAUAGAACAGAAUGCUAAUGGACAUGGAUCAUCCAAUUUUUUGAACUUUAGAAACCCGCUUGCAAUCGAGGGCAGAAAAGUCAAAGGAAUUUAGCUACAUGAACACUUCAACUAGUUUGAAACUUUUCCGGGCUAGAUCUCUUGAUCGAUCCGUUAAACAUAAGAGGUCACGUGACAUGGUGACUAUUAGCAUGUAGACAUUUAUGUUAUAUAGUUAUAGGCAUGUGUUGUAUUUCUAUGAUUCAACCAUUUAAAACUGUUCAUGAAUAAUUAUUCUUUUAAGAGAUGAUGCUCUUGAAGAACUUGAAUGUGUAAGAUAACGGGUUUAUACUUUA